AUGCUUAUGGCGUCGAUGUUAGACAGUGAGACGACAAACCGAGGCAGCAUGUGGGAACUGGAUCAGAACCUUGAUCAGCCCAUGGACGAGGAAGCCAGUCAACUGAAGAACAUGUACAGAGAAAAGAAAUUUUCAUCAAUUUUGUUACUGCGGCUUGCGUUUCAAAGCCUUGGGGUAGUAUUUGGUGACUUAGGUACAUCACCAUUGUAUGUUUUCUACAAUAUCUUUCCACAUGGUGUUGACGAAGAUGAGGAUGUGAUUGGAGCUCUAUCUUUGAUCAUUUACACACUCACUCUCAUCCCUCUGAUGAAGUAUGUUUUUGUCGUCUUGCGAGCUAAUGAUAAUGGUCAAGGUGGCACAUUUGCUCUUUAUUCUCUGCUGUGCCGGCAUGCAAAGGUCAGCACUAUACCCAACCAACAUAAGACAGAUGAAGAAUUAACAACUUAUAGUCGGCAAACUUAUGAGGAGAAUUCACUUGCAGCAAAAGUGAAGAAAUGGCUAGAGGGGCAUGCAUAUAAAAAGAACUGUCUUCUUAUUCUCGUUCUCAUUGGUACCUGUACCGCCAUUGGAGAUGGGAUCCUUACUCCUGCAAUAUCAGUUCUUUCAGCAGCAGGUGGAAUAAGGGUUCAGAAUCAGAAUAUGAGUACAGAUGUGGUUGUAAUCGUCGCGGUGUUCAUAUUAAUUGGCUUAUUCUGCCUGCAACACUAUGGGACAGAUAAAGUUGGGUGGCUCUUUGCACCAUUGGUGCUCCUUUGGUUUAUUCUAAUUGGGAGCGUUGGGUUAGUGAACAUACACAAAUACAACAGUUCUGUUCUAAGAGCAUAUAAUCCAGUCUACACCUUCCGGUAUUUCAAACGAGGCAAGUCUGAGAUUUGGACAUCUCUUGGAGGGGUCAUGCUUAGCAUCACAGGGACUGAAGCAUUGUAUGCUGAUCUAUGUCACUUCCCUGUACUGGCUAUUCAGAUUGCGUUCACCUUAGUGGUGUUCCCUUGCCUUCUACUGGCGUACACUGGGCAGGCUGCCUACAUUAUUGACCACAAGGAUCAUGUAGUUGAUGCCUUCUACCGCUCUAUUCCAGAGGCCAUAUACUGGCCAGCCUUCAUCAUAGCAACUCUUGCGGCAGUAGUUGCAAGUCAAGCAACCAUAUCUGCUACCUACUCAAUAAUUAAGCAAGCUCUUGCACUGGGCUGCUUCCCCCGUGUCAAUGUUGUGCAUACCUCGAAGAAAUUUCUGGGGCAGAUUUACAUCCCUGACAUCAAUUGGGUACUUAUGAUUCUUUGCAUUGCUGUAACUGCUGGAUUCAAGAAUCAAAGCCAGAUAGGAAAUGCAUAUGGCACUGCAGUGGUGAUUGUUAUGCUAGUUACAACAUUUCUCAUGGUCCCAGUGAUGCUGCUGGUAUGGAAGAGCCACUGGAUACUUGUUGUCAUCUUCCUUGUACUCUCCUUGACGGUUGAGCUCCCAUACUUCACGGCCUGCAUAAAUAAAGUGGAUCAAGGUGGCUGGGUUCCACUAGUCAUCGCAAUAACCUUCUUCGUCAUCAUGUAUGUGUGGCAUUUCUGCACCGUGAAGCGUUAUGAAUUUGAGAUGCACAGCAAGGUCUCUAUGGCUUGGAUUCUGGGACUAGGGCCAAGCCUUGGCCUUGUCAGGGUCCCUGGGAUAGGCUUUGUGUACACAGAGCUGGCAAGUGGCGUCCCUCACAUCUUCUCCCAUUUCAUCACCAACCUCCCUGCCAUCCACUCGGUUGUUGUCUUCGUUUGCGUCAAGUACCUCCCGGUAUAUACAGUGCCAGCCGAGGAACGGUUCAUCAUGAAGAGGAUUGGGCCAAAGAACUACCACAUGUUCCGCUGCGUCGCAAGGUAUGGAUACAAGGACAUCCACAAGAAAGACGACAACUUUGAGAAGAUGCUCCUCGACAGGCUCCUGAUCUUCGUCAGACUGGAGAGCAUGAUGGACGGCUACUCUGACUCCGAGGACUUCACCAUGAUGGAGCAGAAGGCCGAGAGAUCCACCAGAUCGCUUCAGCUGACCGAGAAGGCUGGGGGCAACACGAUGAGCUCCAUCGGCGACCUGAGCUACUCGUCACAGGACUCCAUUGUUCCGGCCAAGUCGCCCCUGACCGGGAACAGCCUGACAAGGUACUCAAGCCAGACAUUCGGCGACGAGCUGGAGUUCCUGAACUGGUGCAAGGACGCCGGCGUCGUGCACAUCCUUGGGAACACCGUCGUGCAGGCGCGCAGGGACUCGGGGAUCGUGAAGAAGGUCGCCGUGAAUUAUGUGUAUGCCUUCCUUAGGAAGCUGUGCAGAGAGAACAGUGUGAUCUUCAAUGUCCCACAUGAAAGCCUCCUGAAUGUAGGGCAGAUAUACUAUAUAUGA